ACUCACAAGCGGAGGGGAAAAAUGGGGCAUGGACGUAGAGUCACUCAGCAUCCGUACCAAACGAUGAAGGUUGUGUAGGAUUCAACGCUUUUUGCUUAAAAAUAAGGAAAUAGAAGAGCGGCUGCCAUCAUGUAUGGUUUUGUGAAUCACGCCUUGGAGCUCCUGGUUUUAAGGAAUUACGGCCCGGAAGUGUGGGAAGAUAUCAAGAGGGAGGCGCAGCUCGAUAUCGAGGGUCAGUUCCUCGUUCGAAUCAUUUACGAAGACGCCAAAACAUACGAUCUUGUUGCUGCUGCAAGUAAAGUUCUAAAGAUCGAUGCAGGGGCCAUCCUGCAGAUGUUUGGGAAGAUGUUUUUUGAAUUUUGCCAAGAGUCUGGAUAUGACACCAUCCUGAGGGUGUUGGGUUCAAAUGUCAGAGAAUUCCUGCAGAAUCUGGAUGCUCUACAUGACCACCUGGGUACCAUCUACCCCGGGAUGAGAGCUCCCUCUUUCCGCUGCACCGAUGCAGAGAAGGGCAACAACCUGAUCCUCCACUACUACUCUGAGAGAGAAGGCCUGCAGGACAUCGUUAUAGGCAUAAUUAAAACUGUCGCCCAACAAAUCCAUGGGACAGAGAUAGAGAUGAAGAUGAUACAACCGAAAAGCGAGGAGUGUGACCACAUCAAGUUCCUGAUUGAGGAGAAAGACUCGGAGGAGGAGGCGUUCUACGAAGACCUGGACGGCUAUGAGGAGAAUGGCACACAGGAGACCCGGAUCAGCCCGUACACGUUUUGCAAGGCCUUCCCAUUCCACCUUAUGUUUGACAAAGACCUGGUGCUCACUCAGUGUGGGAAUGCCAUUUAUCGUGUCCUGCCUCAGCUCCAGCCCGGUACCUGUAACCUCCCUUCAGUUUUUUCUUUGGUCCGUCCUCACAUUGACUUCAGUUUUCAUGGCAUCCUCUCCCACAUCAACACUGUCUUUGUUCUGCGAAGCAAGGAGGGCCUGCUGAAUGUAGAGACCGUGGAGAAUGAGGACGAGCUGACGGGGGUGGAGAUCAGCUGUCUCAGAUUGAAAGGACAGAUGAUUUACUUGCCAGAGGCGGAGAACAUCCUUUUUCUUUGCUCACCCAGUGUUAUGAACCUGGAUGAUCUGACACGGAGGGGGCUGUACCUGAGCGACAUCCCUCUCCACGACGCCACACGUGACCUGGUGCUGCUGGGCGAGCAGUUUCGUGAGGAGUACAAGCUGACCCAAGAGCUGGAGAUCUUGACUGAUCGUCUGCAGCACACGCUGCGGGCCCUGGAGGAUGAGAAGAAAAAGACAGAUAGAUUGCUCUAUUCGGUUCUGCCGCCAUCUGUUGCCAACGAGCUGCGUCACAAACGGCCCGUCCCGGCUAAGCGUUACGACAACUUGACCAUCCUCUUCAGUGGCAUUGUGGGAUUCAACGCCUUCUGCAGCAAGCAUGCAUCAGCUGAGGGAGCUAUCAAGAUAGUCAACCUGCUAAAUGAUGUUUACACACGUUUCGACAUCCUGACGGACUCUCGGAAUAACCCUUAUGUAUACAAGGUGGAAACAGUAGGUGAUAAGUACAUGACAGUGAGCGGCCUCCCGGAGCCGUGCACACACCACGCCAAGUCAAUUUGCCACCUGGCUCUUGAAAUGCUGGAGAUUGCAGGACAAGUUAAAGUGGACAAUGAACCAGUACAGAUAACCAUUGGUAUCCACACAGGAGAGGUAGUGACUGGAGUGAUUGGCCAGAGGAUGCCCAGAUACUGCCUUUUUGGAAACGCAGUCAACCUCACAAGUCGUACAGAAACUACUGGAGAGAAAGGGAAAAUAAACGUCUCAGAAUACACUUACAGGUGUUUGCAGUCUGCUGAGAACGCUGACCCACAGUUUCAUUUGGAGUAUCGUGGCCCUGUAACCAUGAAAGGAAAGAAGGAACCGAUGAAGGUGUGGUUUUUAUCCAGGAAGCCCACAGACACAGAGUCUUCUACAGUUCAAGCUUAACAAAUUCAGACCUGACACUGAAACGCCAAGAGUGUGUCGAGAUAACAGCAUUCAGAGUCGUACUAGUGUAGUUCAUAAAUCUGUAUGAUCACGCACAUUUUGAAGCAGGAAACAAGAGCAUCUAUUCACAGACAAGCAGAUAAUUCUUCUGAAAGCAAACAGCUGCUUGGACUUUUUAAGUCCAUAACGUUGCUCUCCCUGCUUAUCAGCUUUAACAUGAGCAGUCUUGACUUCUCUGUGUUUGUUAGCAUAUUCACAUUGGUGAAGUGUUCCUUGAUGGGUUGAGGUAAGUGAUAUAUUACAUAGUAUGUUAAAUUUUGGUACUAUAUUAGAUAAGUAUUCUCACUCUCUAGUGUUAAUGUACAUUAAAACCCAAAAGGUUUUUAUACAUUUCCAUCUAUCUUUGAUAUUUCAGCUGCUAUAUUUGUCAUAUUUGUUCAGAAACCGGCAAAAAAAAAAAAAAAGGUAAUUUAUAAAUGUUUUCAUUCCAAACAGAUACAAUCUUGAUUUAAAAUGAACUAAUGGAAUCACUUAAUAUUAUGUCAGUGCCAUUAAAAUACUCUAUUUGAGUGACUUGUUUUUUUCUCACUGAAUAGUAGAGUUAUAUUAAAAGACAAAAAUAGAUAUUAUAGCUGUUGUAUUUAAUACUGUAGAUUUUUAUCACCAUGCACUAUUGUUGUUUUGCAAAAGCUGCUGUGCUCACUAAAUUCAUACAUUCAUUAAAAUAGAUUCAAAGACAGAUUUACAGUUUAAAUAUUUUCUUAAAAGUAACAAGAAGUAGAUGUUGAGUCUUAAGCAAACUCUAAAUCGUAUGCAUCCAUCACUGAAUUAUUAAAAGUCUUAUUAGUGCUAUAUACUACUUUAUUAAAAAUAUUUAUUACACCUCUUCUUCUUGCACAAUCAUUUGUGUGUGGUUAUCUAAAAAUAUAUUGUUUUAGGUUCUUCUUAAGAUAUUCAUUAAUGAUUUACAUAUUUACUGUUAACAUUGUACAUUAUGUUUAUUCCUUUUUCAUCAUCAAAAGUGAUUAUUAUGACCUUUAGAAAUCAGAAAGUAUAUUUUACAUUACACGAAAAAAAUACACAAGGUUAGGAAUAGCGGAAACAUCUGUUUGUGCCUCUACUAAACCUGUUGCAUUAAUUUAACACAGGAAAUUCACUUCAUUUUUUUAAACCUAUAUUAUAGGUUAAAUUAACCCCUCACAGUGUCCUUUGUAUCAGUGUAGCUUCCUGGAUUAUAAACAAACAGGUACCUCAAGUACUUUACAAGUGCAUCUCUGGGCUUGUAGGGCAUGUUCUAUUGUAACACUGUUUCAUUUGGGAGGCCACUAUUAAAACUGUGUUGUGAAAUGUUUGUUUCUCUAUUUUUGCUUUCUAAAGCUCAGCUAAAAUCUGUGGCUAUUUUAAAAAGUCAGGAAAAACAUAGCACUUCACUGAAGGAAGUACUUUAUGAUAUAGUCAAAGGGCAUCAGUGUAACCACUACAAAGGCUGAUCACUACAGUGCAUCUGUUAGUGAAGAGCUCUCUCUAGUGGCUAGUCAAAAUACCUACAUCUUGAAAGCUCUACCAUUUCUUGUAGAAUUUGUCACACUCCCUGUAAUUUUUGACUUAUGCUAUGAAUAAAUAUAAAGGUUACCAUAAAGUGGGUGCGAAAUGUUACAUGGUACAGCAUUUUCAUUGUUUUCAUGGGAGAUUAAAACUUUAUUUAGGAUACAUACAUUGAUGAAGGUGAAACAUGAUUUUGAGGUUUGAGGUAUUUACUAAUGACCAAUUUCAAGUAUGACACUUACAAAUAAGUCUUGUUGUGAUUUAUAUGUAUUUUAUGGUGUAUGAAUGAGCUCUGGAUUAGUAACCCAUGCUCAUUUUUUGUUCACGUUUCUAUCUUGGGUUCUCUCUUUGUAUGAUUCCUCUUGUUUGUCAAUUUGAAAUGGAAACCUUUCAUUUUGUUUGUGGUCCAAAUUAAAGUCUGUCUUGCAUUACAGUGAAAA